CAAAUCAAUUCAUUGUCAAUCAUUUUUCAGUUAAAUAGUUAAUUUUUUUGGAGAAAAUCAUCAAUCAAAAUGGGAAAAGACGGUCAGUGUGUGCCCGGUGGUGACGCUAAGAGGUUCAUCUGUUGCCAUCCAUAUUUGGCAGGGGCUGUGUGGCUUCCUACUAUUGCCACUGGAGCAGCUUUGGCCGUGGACUGUGUCUGCUGCUGUCUGGAAUGUGGGCCGGAGGGAAUCAGGAGCUUCUGCUGCAAGAAUGAGCUGAUGUGCCAGCGUAUGCUGGGUUUCACCCAAGUGGUGGGCAGUGGCACCUACAUCGCCCUCCAGUGUAUGCUCAAGAUGAAUCUCAGCAAGCCACUCAUCGACACCGGCAGCAGCUGUUGUCUCAUCAUGAGGUGCGCUGCUCCUUGGGUGGCCUUGGCAAUGGGCGGAAUGAACCUGCUUGUCCUUCCAGCAAUGAAACAGAGCAUGGGAGUUUGUCAAGAUGACUCGAAACCCCCUGUCAAAGUACCGCCUGAGAUUGUGGAAAAGACUACCAAGGCUGGUGAGAAGGCACUGAGUGCGUGUGGACAAGACCCAGACUGUGGCAAGGUGUGCAGAUACAUGACAGUCACUGCCCAUGUCCUCUUCAUAGGUGCCAACAUGGUCCUCAUGUGCGGAAUGAUCAAGAAAAAAUGCUGA